UUCAGUUCAGAAUUGUUCAUAAUGCUCAGACUCUCUCACCUACCAGAUGAAAUGGGCAAGUUUAAGUAUACUUGCUAUUUACUUUUUAUCCUGAGCUUCAUUUCAGUCCUGUUUUAUAUAAACAGACAAGCAGAAGAUGGACAUGAAAGAUAUAUCUAUGCCAAGCCUCAAGAUUCUUCUAAGCCAGAAAUGAAACCACGGCUGGACACUGAAGAAAACGGGAGAUGUGAGGGGAAGAUUCACACAAACCCGAUGCCACCGAAGCUGACGCUCAGACAGUAUGCCAGAAAGAAGCUUGUUUAUGACCUGUGCAGCACAAAAACCAUAUUGGACACCAGAAGCAAAUGGCAGACAUUUGACCAAAUUCCCAAGUUGGAGUUGUACAAUUUGCUUGUAGACGAUCGCCAUGGAAUAAUCUACUGCUAUGUUCCAAAAGUUGCCUGCACUGCAUGGAAACGGAUCAUGAUUGUUCUGAGUGAGAGUCUGAAGGUGCAUGGUGUACCUUACAGGGUCCCUGCAGACGUCCCCAUCGAAGACGUUCAUGGAUCCUCUCUACAGCACCUUAACGAAUACCCGAAGGUAGUGAUGAAACAAAAACUUGAGACAUACAAAAAGUUCAUAUUUGUCAGAGAUCCAUUUGUUAGACUGAUUUCAGCCUACAGAGAUAAGUUAGAAAGCCCAAAUCAGAUAUAUUAUGAAAGAAUAGGGAUGGACAUAUUACGCACAUUUGGAAAUGUCUCUAAUCCACCAGCAUCAGUAGAGAAAGCCCAUGUUGAUGGCAUUGUUCCUUCUUUCUACAAUUUUAUCCAAUAUAUACUGAGCCUUUCAGCAUUCAACGACACAGUAUUUGAUGAACAUUGGCGACAAACAAUUAACUUGUGCCAUCCCUGCCUGAUUAAUUAUGACUUUAUCGGGAAGAUGGAAACCAUCGAGGAAGAUGCUGCUCAACUGCUACGAAUUCUCCAUGUUGAUAACAUUGUCGACUUUAAACCAUGGGUCAAAAGUAAAACAGGCCCACGUGAGAUCAUGACCUGGUUUGCCAACAUCCCCUUGGAGUGGAGGAGGAAACUCUACAAAGUUUAUGAGGAAGACUUCAGACUGUUUGGAUAUGAAAAUCAUGAACACCUAGACGAUCUCAAUCUUGGAAACAUCACCUGAAUUGUUUGUUGUGUUCUGUAGUGUGAUUGGUGUCUUUGUUCAUUUGUAGGGGAAUCUUGUGCUAGGACUUGACGUUGGUAACUUAGUCCCCUUUACUGAUUUGAAUUGCAUUGGUGUUAUGGUGAUGGAAAAUAUUAUUCCUUGUUUUCACAUUACAGUUGAUCUGUUUAAGUUGCAGGACUAAUCUAAGCUUCAGCUUAAUAUGCCAACAGUCCUCAUAGAAAAUUGUUUUUGUUGGAUCAGGUUAAAUUUUACCUGAUGUUUUUUUGUCAUGUGUGUUUGAUUCCUGUCUGUGGAUUUAUGCACCACCAGAAUUUUCAUUAGUAGAACAAGCUCAAUAUUCACUCACCCCGUUAAGGUAAUUGUUUCCAUGCACAUCGGGUGGUAUUAGAGGAUAAUAGCGUAAUGGUGGAUUAAAGGAAAGACGGAAUGUAUACAUGGUGCCAUGCUCUGUCUAGUUUCCUGUUCCUAGUUUCAUGCUCUAGUUAAAAGAGAGUCCAUGCCAUAGUUAGAAGAGUGUCCAUGCCUUAGCUAAACGCGUGUUCAUGUCUUAGCUAAACAAGUUUUCAUGUCUUAGUUAAACGAGUAUUUAUGCCUUAGUUCAACGAGUGUUUCCUGCCUUAAGUGUAAAUAAAGACUUUACUCCUGUGCUUA